GGAGUGAUUUGCUGGAGGUCUGUGUAUAGUUCUGGCCUUCUAUGGUCUUGCAGGCAUUCCACAUGCAUACGUGAGGGUAAAAUUUCAUUUGUCUGGAGGUUCGUGAGAAAAAUCCAAAACAUUUAAGUGGGGAAUCUGCUGAAAAUGUAUGGAAUGGGUUACAAAGCAUGAUCUAUAGCAAGGAAAUGAUUAAAUCUCUUCCUACGCAUUUGUUUUCCCCCAAACUGUCAGUGUGUAUCAAAUCCAUAAGGAGGUAUGCAAAAGGGAGAAGUAAAACGAACUGUGGGUCUGCUCUGGGUAAAGAUUACGUGUCCACUGCAAACGUCUGAGCUACCAUCGCCUGGAGUGAAGAUCCGUGUGCCCAGAGGUUGUCCACGUUUAUGGAAAAACCUUCAAAUUAGGAACGUGAAAGGCUAAAGCUCAAACCUAUUUAAACAGUGAAUGUGAGUCUAGACUCUCCUGGAGCGGCUUCACCACUGGAUAUGUCUAAGAAGUCUCAUCACGCACGGGUAGAGCCGAGCCUGCGCCGUGCCCUUCCAGCAGGACGGGACGCGCUGCUCCGGCCACCCCUGUGGAGAGCCGUGGUUAUCGUUAAGUGGGCCGUAAGGAAGUUGUGUCAGCUCAGGGUUUUAUUCCCCCGUAACCCCAGGAGCACGGGACCGCACACGAAACUCCUUUUGGCUGAUCGGCCCCCUCCCCCUGAAACCUCCCUAUCCUACCUAACACCCGUAAAGGGGACAGUGUGGGGUCCCAGUCGAGAUCUUCCCUCACCUCACAGCGAAGGCACUCAGGAGGGACCGCCCUGAGGCGAGCGGACGGCGGGAAGGGCGCUGAGGGGACGGGGGGAUGGGAGCGCGAGGCGCGUGGGGGAAGGGAGACGGGCAACAGCCGCGGCCCCCGAAGGCUCCGGGGGGCAGAGAGCACCUUAGCGAGGCAUAAAGCUCUCCCCUCGCUCUCUGUCUCCUCGGAGGGGUGCCUGGGCGGGAGCCCCCCGCAAGGGAGGCGGCAGCGCUAGGAGGAGGCGCCUCGCAACAGAUGGUUAAAGCCGGCUCCUCGCUGCGGCCCGCAUUGGCCGGCGGCGGCGCGAGCCGGGCGGGAGGAAGGGCGGGCGGGAGCCGGGCUCGCGCGAGGCGAGGCGAGCAAGCAGCGGCGAGGAGCGGCGUGCAGCGCCCCCAGCCCGCUCGUCGCGCGGCCGCUGAGGAGAGCGACUUCCCGCGGCCCGGGGCGGAGCGCGCGCCUCCCUCCUCGGCGGCUCCGGGCCACCUGUGAGUUUUCCGCCUGGCGGGUGCUCAUCGCGUCCAGAUGUGAAGCUAUGCAGAGGUGCGGUGUCUGUGCUAUCUCCCUCGCCUUCUCCACCCUGUAAGCAUUAAAUGACUGCUGAUGCUGGAAAACUUGCUUACUCACCUCUGUAUCUCUCCGCAGAAGACCAGUUGCUGACCUUAUCCAGGUCUGCUUCUCAGGCUGCUUUUGACUUCUCUGGACAGUAGCAACACAUUGAAUCUGACAUGAUUCUUCCCAGUUCUACUGCUGCAGAUGGAAUUCUGAGUACAAGGAAUGAAAAUUGAUAGAACUUACUGGUGCUCAUUCUGCUAUAGCCUGGCAAGUCUCUGAUCAGCAUCAAAGGAUACCUGCAAAGAAAAAAAGUGGAAGCCAUUAACAUACGUUGUUCAGAGAGAGCACUAAAUCAACACAAUAUGGCACAGCAUAGUGUUGUCCUUGGAUUAUUCAUGAUGAUGGUUUUAUCACUGUUGGAUGGAAGUUCAGCUUUCCUGUUAAACCAGCGUCUAAAAGGAAGAUUUCAAAGAGACCGUAGAAACAUCCGCCCAAACAUCAUCCUUGUUCUUACUGAUGAUCAGGAUGUAGAACUUGGUUCUAUGCAAGUGAUGAAUAAAACAAGACGGAUCAUGGAGCAUGGAGGUGCUCAUUUCAUCAAUGCCUUUGUGACAACACCAAUGUGCUGCCCAUCACGCUCCUCUAUUCUUACGGGGAAGUACGUCCACAACCACAACACCUACACUAACAACGAGAACUGUUCUUCUCCAUCCUGGCAGGCUCAGCAUGAAAUACGUACAUUUGCUGUGUACCUCAACAACACAGGAUAUAGGACAGCUUUCUUUGGAAAGUACCUUAAUGAAUAUAAUGGUUCCUAUGUGCCUCCUGGUUGGAAAGAAUGGGUUGGAUUACUUAAAAAUUCUCGAUUUUACAACUACACACUCUGUAGAAAUGGAGUGAAGGAGAAACAUGGAUUUGACUACUCCAGGGAUUAUCUCACUGAUCUGAUAACCAAUGACAGUAUCACAUUCUUCAGAAUAUCAAAGAAGAUGUAUCCUCACAGGCCUGUUUUGAUGGUUAUAAGCCAUGCUGCUCCUCAUGGCCCUGAAGAUUCAGCCCCUCAAUAUUCACAUCUCUUUCCUAAUGCUUCACAACACAUCACUCCUAGCUAUAACUAUGCUCCAAACCCAGACAAGCACUGGAUAAUGAGGUAUACGGGUCCCAUGAAACCUAUACACAUGGAGUUCACUAACAUGUUGCAGAGAAAGCGCCUUCAAACACUCAUGUCUGUGGAUGAUUCUAUGGAGAUGAUUUACAACACAUUGGUUGAAACUGGUGAACUGGACAAUACAUAUAUAAUAUACACAGCAGAUCAUGGUUAUCAUAUUGGUCAGUUCGGGCUGGUGAAGGGAAAAUCCAUGCCGUAUGAGUUUGAUAUCAGAGUUCCUUUCUAUGUCCGAGGGCCAAAUGUGGAGGCUGGGUCCUUGAAUCCUCACAUUGUGUUGAAUAUUGAUCUUGCACCUACGAUUCUAGAUAUUGCUGGAUUGGAUAUUCCCUCUGAUAUGGAUGGUAAAUCUAUUCUAAAACUUCUGGAUUCUGAGAGACCGGUGAAUAGGUUCCAUUUAAAGAAAAAGGUGAAAGUGUGGAGAGACUCAUUCCUAGUGGAGAGAGGUAAACUGCUGCAUAAGAGGGAAAAUGAGAAGGUAGAUGCCCAAGAAGAAAAUUUUCUACCCAAAUACCAGCGUGUGAAAGAUCUUUGUCAGAGAGCUGAGUAUCAAACAGCUUGUGAACAGCUUGGCCAGAAAUGGCAGUGUGUGGAAGAUCCCAGUGGGAAGCUCAAAUUGCACAAGUGCAAGGGAAUGGUGAACUUGGCAGGCAACAGCAAAGGCACUUCCAAUCUUUUGCCCAAGUACUACAACAGGAAUAGUGAAGACUGCAAUUGUGAAGAGAACGAAUACAAGCUGAGCCACACGGGACGGAGAAAAAAGCUCUUCUCCAAGAAGAAAUACAAACCGAGCUAUGCCCGGAAUCGCUCUACCCGCUCUGUAUCUGUUGAGCUGAACGGGGCCGUGUUUAACUUGGGUUUGGAGGAUGGAUACCAACCUGUCUUACCGAGAAACAUCACCAAGCGGCACAAGAUGCAGAGGGCUGUUCUUCGUGAGGAGGAAGAUAAAGACAUGGCUGAAUACAGUGGCACUGGAGGCAUUGCAGAGUAUGCAGCCCCAAAUCUAAUAAAAGUGACACAUAGGUGCUACAUCCUGGAGAAUGACACUGUGCAGUGUGACACCGAUCUGUACAGGUCACUGCAAGCUUGGAAGGACCACAAACUUCAUAUCGACCACGAGAUUGAAACUCUGCAAAAUAAAAUAAAAAACCUGAGGGAGGUGAGAGGGCAUCUGAAGAAGAAGAGACCUGAGGAGUGUGACUGUAACAAGAUAAGUUACCAUUCAAAACACAAAAGCAAACUGAGGCACAAAGGAUCUAAUCUUCACCCUUUCAAGAAAGCCCUACAGGAGAAAGACAGGCUGUGGCUGCUUCGAGAGCAAAGACGAAAGAAGAAACUGCGCAAACUGCUGAAGAGAAUAAAAAACAAUGACACAUGCAGUAUGCCUGGCCUGACCUGCUUCACCCAUGACAACCAGCACUGGCAAACUGCGCCCCUGUGGACAUUGGGUCCUUUCUGUGCUUGUACCAGUGCCAACAACAACACAUACUGGUGUCUGAGGACAAUCAACGAGACCCACAACUUCCUGUUCUGUGAAUUUGCUACUGGAUUUUUGGAGUAUUUUGAUCUCAAUACUGACCCAUAUCAGCUAAUUAAUGCAGUGAAUACGCUAGAUAGAGAUGUUCUCAAUCAACUGCACGUCCAGCUCAUGGAACUAAGAAGCUGCAAAGGGUACAAACAGUGCAAUCCAAGAACUAGGAACAUAGAUUUGGGACUUAAAGAUGGAAGCUAUGAGCAGUACAGGCAGUUUCAGCGUCGAAAGUGGCCAGAUGUGAAGAGACCAUCAUCUUCUAAGUCACUAGGACAGCUGUGGGAAGGAUGGGAGGGCUAACUGCCUCAACUGCUGGACCUCAGCGAGGACAUGAACUGGCCAGAACUUGAAUUCGUGUACAGACUAAGCAAAAAUAUGUAUGAUUUCAGAAGAAUUUCAAUGUUAGCUUGGAGGACUGGAUGAACUUGGAGGCCAAAAUAGAUAGUGUUUGCACUGGUGAGUGAAUUAAAUAGAUGAAGUGAAAUUACAGGAACCUGCUGCCAGGAAUACAGGUCUCUUUCAGAUCCACUCUUGUACCUGCUUUUUGCUUUGGAUUAUAUACCUCACCUGCUGCACAAGGCUUUUUACUUCAAGAAGAUACCACUAACUCUGUUCCAGAAAUUGACAGAAGAGGAAAUACAGCUGCAUCCCAAAGAGGAUUGCCAUCCCAGUGGGCAAAGUGUCCUCAAAGACAGUGGAAGUAAACUAUGUUUCAGUGCAACUAUGCCUUUGGAUGUAAGGAGACAAAUUUCAAAGCCAAGUAUAUCAUGGACACUUUGCUUCCAAUGGGGGUAAAGUUAACAGCGAAAAAAAACCUCGUAAGAGAUUCAGGAAUUCAAGUGAGCAGCACUGAAUAUUCUCAAUACCAUGAUAUCUCUCAAAUUUCCUCCUCUGAGGAUAUGUUUUAGUUCCACAUCUACUUGUCCAUCCUAUUGACACCUCUAGGAAAAUUAGAGAAAAUCUUGACUAACAGGAUGUCAUAUUUUUGGAGGGGUUGUGUAAAUAUUCAUCAGCAUACUGUUUAAAAAUAUAAUUUCCUUCAGGUUGUGAAGAAUUUUGUUAAUAAAAGUGUGGAAUGCCCACA